AUGAGGUAUAAUCUGAAACUGGAACCUAGAUACUAUAGACCAUUCCAGAUUGUUGCUAAGGUGGGAGUAGAAGCUUAUAAACUCAAUCUACCAACUUUUUCUAGGAUACAUCCUUUGUUUCAUGUAUCUUGCCACAAGAGAAAGUUGGGUCAACAUAUAACACCAUUACCAUCAUUACCUCCAGUUGAUCACAAGGGAAAUGUACAACCAAAGCCUGAGGCUAUAUUGGACAGACGCAUGAAGAAGUUCAGAAACCAAGUUGUAAUUGAGGUUUUGAUCAGAUGGGGUGGUACAUUGCUAGAGGAUAGCACUUGGGAGUCAUUGUGGAAGCUCAGGGACCUUUAUCCACAUCUUGUGGGCAAGGUCAUUUUAGAAGAGGGGUGCUGCUACUGA